CAUGUCAUUACCCUGCUUUGUAAACCCAGCUCAGUACUCCAAUGCUGCUGGCAAACACGGGCACCGCGAAAAGGCAGCCUUAACAUACUUGAAUUCAAUAGUGAAGUACUCGUAGGUCGCUCCAACGAUUUAUACCAAAUUCAUCUAUAUCACACAACAUAAAGGGAAAAAAAGACACAAAUCUUGGUAUUCUGUGGAGAUUGCUGACUUAGAUUGAAGGUUCCUCCCUGUAAGUACGCCCGUGCUGCCCCAACCAUGCUGAAGAACCUGCUGCCGCUCCUGCUGCUGUGGGCCACCUUCAUAUCUUCUCUCUGCUUGGCCCUGCCCUUUGAACAGAGGGGCUUCUGGGACUUUGGAAUAGAAGGAGAUAUAGGAGGGGUAAUGACGAUGAUGAGGGAUGAAGAGGAUGGGUCAGCCUUUGAACCAACAGUCGGGGUCAUUCCCGAAUUUCCCACAUGCCCCUUUGGGUGUCAGUGUCAGCAUCGUGUUGUGCAGUGCUCCGACCUGGGUUUAACUGCCGUCCCAAAGAAUAUUCCCAGUGACACCAAGCUGUUGGACCUGCAGAACAACAAAAUCACAGAGCUGAAAGAGAAGGAUUUCAAGGGCCUCAGCGAUCUCUAUGCUCUCUCGUUGGUCAACAAUAAGAUCUCCAAGGUUCAUCCAAAGACCUUCACCCCACUGCGGCACUUGCAGAAGAUGUACUUUUCUCGCAAUUUGUUGACGGAGAUGCCAAGGAAUCUCCCAUCAUCUUUAGUCGAACUGCGUAUCCAUGACAACCGCAUCAAAAAAGUGGCCGAGGGGGCCUUUUCCGGCCUGGGCAACAUGAACUGUAUCGAAAUGGGAGGGAAUCCCAUUCAAAACUCCGGCUUCGAACCUGGGGCUUUUAAAGGACUGAAGCUGAACUUCCUUCGCAUCUCAGAAGCCAAACUCACAGGCAUCCCCAAAGACCUCCCUGACAACCUGCAUGAACUUCACCUGGACCACAACCAGAUCCAGGCCAUAGAACUGGAGGACCUGAGCAGAUACAAGAACCUCUACAGACUCGGCCUGGGAUACAACCACAUCCGGAUGAUCGAGAAUGGCAGCUUGGCGUUCGUGCCUAACCUGAGAGAGCUACAUCUGGAAAACAACCGCCUGUCCAGGGUCCCGGGAGGGCUUCCACAGAUGAAGUUUCUCCAGGUGGUGUACCUGCAUUCCAACAACAUCAGCCAGGUUGGCAUCAAUGACUUCUGUCCCCUUGGCUUUGGCAUGAAGAGGACCUUCUACAAUGGCAUCAGUAUGUUUGGCAACCCUGUGAGCUACUGGGAUGUACAGCCUGCCACCUUCCGCUGCGUCAGCGAUCGGCUGGCCAUCCAAUUUGGCAACUACAAAAAGUAGAUGGGAAGAAAGUUCAGAGAGGACAACCGGAAAGAAAUGUAUUCGGCCCAAAAACACCAAAAUCUGCAUUAUUGUGAAAGGGAGCGAUAACAAUGGACAGGUGACAAAUCUAGAUUGAACAGCGUAACACUCCAUGUUUUGUAUGUAUCUGUGUUGUUUGCACAAAAUGAGGAAACAUUGCAUUAGGAAGGAGAUAAGGAAGAAGACUCUUCUCAGCCUCAUUCUCAGCGAAAACAUUGUAGUUGCCCAGCCCUUAUGUUACAUUUAAAUAUGAAAAAGCAGAAUCUGAAAGCUGGCAAAGAGUAGUAAAAUCUUUAAGAUGCAUCUGUGAUUUUCGAUUAAAGUUUUGAUUGGAAAUAAUGCUCAUGAAUAGAUUUAUGCUUUAAAGCGAGUCUCCGAAGUCUGCUUUUCAAAGCAAAUUCUAAAACAAGUUUCUUACAUUAUUCAAAAUGAAUUUCAUAGAUAUUAUUAUUAUUAUUAUUAUUAUUAUUAUUAUUAUUAUUAUUAUUAUUAUAGCGGUAAUGUCAAAGGUGAAGUAUUCUUCAUGGUGAAUUUAUACAAAAACCAGUUUAGUAAAAAGGUAUGUGACAACUAAUUUUAUUAUAAUGAUAAUGCUGGUUUUUAAUGUUGUGAGACUUUAUUGUACGUUUUUUAUUUUACUUAUAAAUAGGCAGGUCCUGUGGAGGUUCUGAAGGGACUCUAACAGAAUGAGAAAACAGAGUAAUCUAUAACAUACCUGCUCUCACGGACUGGAGCAAACCAUCUCCAGCAUCUUAGGCUUUCGUAGCAUAUAGCCCAUGAGAAAUUUUGCACACAUUUGCUGAGACCUAAAAAAGGUCUUUGCAAACUGCUAUCUCUGUAGAAUGCUAAUGGUUUUUAUACUAUUAAAAUCUGGGAUAGGUCCUGUAGACGCUUACUGUGUAUUUUGCUGCUGCAUGUAAGAAUAAAGACUUUUCCUCUUUCA